AAACCAUGGAAUCAAUCAUUAGCUAAAAUGUGGAAUCUGCUUGGCCGGCAAAUACAGAAGUAAAGUACAUAAAAUCUAAAAGACAUUCAAAACAUUAAAAGUACCCAAAAGAUACCAUGGAAGUACUACACAAACUCACUUCCUUCCAUCAAUUCAAGAAUCCCAAAUUAUGUACUUCUUUAACUCCUAUAAAUACUCAAAUUUCCACUUGUUCUUUGAUACCCAUAAAGCAUAAUCCUUCAUUUCAAAAAGUCUCAUGUUCAUUUCAAGAUUAUAAUAAAAAAUUGGUUCAAGAAUUUGUUCCCAAAAUCCCAAUUGAAGAAGCCAUAACCCCACCAAGUUCUUGGUACACUGACUCUUCUUUUUAUUCACACGAACUCAAUCAUGUCCUCUUCAAAGGCUGGCAAGCUGUUGGUUACACUGAACAGAUCAAAGAGCCUAGGCAAUAUUUCACUGGAAGAUUGGGCAAUGUUGAGUAUGUUUUAUGUCGAGAUGAUGGGGGAAAAGUACAUGCUUUUCACAAUGUUUGUCGACAUCAUGCCUCUCUUCUUGCUUCAGGAAGUGGGAAAAGCUCUUGCUUUGUUUGUCCAUACCAUGGGUGGACAUAUGGAUUAGAUGGUGCACUUCUUAAAGCAACUAGAAUAACAGGAAUCAAGAACUUCAAAGUGAAUGAGAUGGGAUUAGUUCCGAUGAGAGUGGCUAUAUGGGGACUAUUCAUUCUUCUCAAUUUUGACAAUGGAGUUUUUCCUGAACAAGAAUCUGCUUUUGACUUGGCUGGAACUGAAUGGCUGGGUAGUUCAUCCCAAAUCUUGGCUGAUGGUGGAGUAGAUUCUUCAUUGAGUUUCGUAAGCAGACGUGAAUACACCAUUGAGUGUAACUGGAAGGUUAAAUCUCACAUUAUGGUCUUCUGUGACAAUUACUUGGAUGGUGGUUAUCAUGUACCAUAUGCUCAUAAAGGUCUUGCUUCGGGUCUGACACUUGACUCAUACGCCACCACUAUACUAGAGAAAGUCAGCAUCCAACGAUGUGAAACUGGCAGUGCAGAAAAGGGCCAAGAAUUUGAUAGACUUGGAUCAAAAGCUUUAUAUGCAUUCGUGUAUCCCAAUUUCAUGAUCAAUAGGUACGGUCCUUGGAUGGACACGAAUCUUGUACUGCCUCAAGGACCUCGGAAAUGUCUAGUGAUAUUUGACUACUUUCUUGAUUCAUCUCUCAAGGGUGAUGAGAGUUUUAUCGAACAGAGUCUCAAGGAUAGCGAGACAGUUCAGAUGGAGGACAUAAAGUUAUGUGAAGCUGUUCAAAGAGGACUUGAAUCACCUGCAUACUGCUCUGGCCGCUAUGCGCCACAAGUUGAGAAGGCUAUGCAUCAUUUUCAUUGCCUUCUAUAUGAAAAUCUUUCUUGUUGAUGUACUUCUUUGUGCUUGCUACAUGUGAGAUUCACAGAAAAUUAUCUCAACUAUUUCGUACCCUUUUGUUAUGUAACAGUUGUUUUCUCGCUCGUAGCUGUCAUUUUAACAUAUUACAAGGUCUUAAAAGUACCGUAAAUAACAGGCUUUGAGGUUUGGCUUUCCUGUUUGAUCUGAUGCGAAUAUGAUUCUUAUUUUUA